GCAUCGGCAGCUGCAUUCGGCAAUGCUUGCACGCCUGCUCUGCGCGCUCGCACUUGCGAGCGCGGCCGCCGCGCCGGAGGCCCCGUGCCCCGUCAAGGUCCUCGGCGCCGGCUUCGGGAGAACGGGAACGUAUUCCUUGAAGACGGCCCUGGAGACUUUGGGCCUGCGCAGCUACCACAUGGACGAGGUCCUCAGCACCGGGUGGGCGCACAUCAAGGCCUGGGACGACCACGUCCACGGCGUGGAGCCCCUCGACUUUGACGCCAUCCUCGACGGCUACGACGCGGCCGUCGACUUCCCCGUCGGCGCGACGCAAAUCUGGAGCGCGCUGUUCCGGGAGCGGUGUCCGCGGACCAAGGUGAUCCUCACGGAGCGCGACAGCCCGGAGGUCUGGGCCGACUCCUACCUCGCGACCAUCGGCACGUUGUACGACCGCUUCCCCUUUUCGCUGCUGAAGAGCGUCGUGCCGGCGCUCGGGCGCCACGAGCGCAUGUGGCUCAAGCUCGUGGCGGACCUCGUCGGCUACGACACCGUCCGGCCGACGAGGGCCGACGACCGCGGCGCGCUGGUCGCCGCGUACGAGCGCAACUCGGCGCUCGCGCGCGAACUCGUGCCCGCGGAUCGGCUCCUCGUCUUCAACGUGAAGCAGGGCUGGGCGCCCCUCUGCGCCUUCCUGGGCGACGUCGUCGAGGGGCCCUGCCCGGAGGGGCCAUUCCCGCGGACGAACGACCGGUCCGAGUUCAAGUACCUCCUCGCCAAGGCCACCGGGGGCCUCGUCGUCGCCCCGCUCCUCGGGCUCCUCGGCCUCCUCUACGCCGCGACGCUCCACGACCGGCGGCGGCGGCCGCAGCACCGGGCGCCGCGCGAGUUCAGCGGCAUGGAGCUCGUCUUCCUGGGCACGUCCGCCGGCGGGCCGACGCUCGCGCGGUCCGCUUCCGCCGUCGCUUUGCGGCUCGGCGCCCACGCGAAGCGCGGCUCGACGUGGCUCUUCGACUGCGGCGAGGGCACCUACCGCCAGCUGCUGGCGACGCCGGUGAGCCACGCCGCCGUCGACCGCAUCUUCGUGAGCCACCUCCACGGGGACCAUUUGUGGGGCCUGCCCGGCGUCGUCGUGAGCGCCUUACUCGAGCAGCGCGGCCGGCGCCACCUCCACGUCUACGGGCCCGAGGGCUUGCACGAGUACCUGUCGACGACGCUGUCGAUCUCGCGGUUCGCGCCGCCGAAAUCCGGGAGCAGGUGCAUCGUCACGGAGCUGCCGUCGACGCUGCGGCGGCCGCCGCCGCGGCCGCUCAAGCCGCGGAGCCACCCGGCCGUCGAGUACCGCGCCGCCGAGCAUGUCGACGGCGGAGCGUCGUCGACGAUCGUCGACGACGGCGCGCGCGUCGUCACGGCGACGCCGAUCCGCCACACGCCGGCCGUGGACUGCUUCGCCUUCGUCGUCACGGAGAAGGCGGGCAAGCGGCGCGUCGACGCGGCCAAAGCGACGGCGCUCGGGCUGCCCCCCGGCGACGCGUACCAGCGGCUCCAGGACGGCGACGACGUACCGCUGGGCGACGGGCGCGUCGUCCGCGCGGCGGACUGCACUUUUCCGCCGCCGCGGCCGCGGCGCGUGGCCAUCCUGGGCGACACCUACGACGCGUCGGCGGCCGUCGACGCCGCGCGCGGCGCGGACGUCGUCGUCCACGAGGCGACGAUGGCCGACGGCGACGCCGCGGUCGCGCGCGCGCACGGCCACGCGACGGGCGCCGUCGCGGGAGCCUUCGCGCGCGCCGCCGGCGCGUCGGCCCUCGUCCUCACGCACUUCUCGGCCAAGUUCCGCCUCGGGGGCCGCGGCGGGCCGCCCGCGGGCACGACGGACGUCCUCGUCGACGAGGCGCGGCGCGCCUUCGGCGGCGACCGCGUCCUCGCGGCCUACGACUACAUGACCAGCAUGUCGUCGCGCGGCCUCCUCGCCCUGGGCGAGCUGACGCCGGUCAUCGUGUCCUACGCGCGGACGCCCAUCGGCGGCUUCAACGGCGCCCUGAGCUCGCUGAGCGCGCCGGAGUUGGGCGCCGUGGCCAUCAAGGCCGCGCUCGCCCGCGCCGGCGGCCUCGGCGCGGCGGACGUCGACGAGGUGCUCAUGGGCAACGUCGUCAGCGCGAACAUCGGCCAGGCGCCGGCGACGCAGGCGGCCAUCUUCGCGGGCCUGGGCGAGGCGAUCCCGUCGACGACGGUCAACAAGGUCUGCGCGAGCGGCAUGAAAACCGCGAUGCUCGCCGCCACGGAGAUCGCGCUGGGCCUGCGGGACGUCGUCGUCUGCGGCGGCAUGGAGUCCAUGAGCAACAUCCCCUACUACCUGCCCGGGGGCCGCAACGGCAUGCGCCUCGGCGACGGCAAGGUCGUCGACGGCGCCGUCAAGGACGGCCUGUGGGACCCCUACGGCGACCAGCACAUGGGCAUGUGCGCGGAGAAGUGCGCGUCCGACUUCGGCAUCGGCCGCGAGGCCCAGGACGCCUACGCCGAGGAGUCCUACGCGCGCGCGCGCGCGGCCGCGGCCGCCAUCGCGGAGGAGAUCGCGCCCGUGGACGUGAAGACGCGCAAGGGUAUUACUACGGUGUCCGAGGACGAGGAGCCGGCCAAGGACACGAGCAAGCUGCGGUCCCUGCGGAGCGCCUUCAAGAAGGACGGCACCGUGACCGCGGCGAACGCGUCGAAGCUCAACGACGGCGCCGCGGCGCUCGUCGUCACGUCGCUGAGAUUCGCGAAAGCAAACGGCCUCGAGCCGAUCUGCGCCAUCGCGGGCUUCGCCGACGCGCAGACGGCGCCCGUCGACUUCACCGUGGCCCCGGCCCUCGCCGUGCCCAAGGCGCUCGCCCACGCGGGCGUCGCGCCGGGCGCCGUCGACGCGCACGAGAUCAACGAGGCCUUCUCCGUCGUCGCGCUCGCGAACGCGAAGCUCCUCGGCGCGGACCUAUCCAAGGUCAACGCGCGCGGCGGCGCCGUGUCCCUCGGCCACCCGAUCGGCUGCUCCGGCGCGCGCAUCGUCGGCGCCCUCGCCCUGGGCCUCGCCCGGGACGGCCAGUCCACGGGCGUCGCGUCCAUCUGCAACGGCGGCGGCGGCGCGUCGGCCAUCCCCAGCGUCUCGCGGGCGAUCGUCGUCGAGGGCCGCGCGCCGCGCCCCGCGGCGUUCGCCAUGGCCGUGGAGAAGGAGGACGAGAACAUGGAGGUCGACGGCGGGUCGACGAGCAAGGGCAUGACGUCCUACUACGCGACGAAGAUCGGCGGCCUCGAGCGCGAGACGCGCGAGAAGACCCUCAACCUCCAGCGGCUGACGGCGCAGCGCAACGAGCUCAACAUGCGCGAGCCCGGGUCCUACGUCGGCGAGGUCGUCAAGGCCAUGUCGCAGACGAAGAUCCUCGUCAAGGUGAACCCCGAGGGCAAGUACGUCGUCGACCUCGGCAAGGGCAUCGACGUCGGCAAGUGCACGCCGAACACGCGCGUCGCGCUCCGCAACGACUCCUACGAGCUCCACAAGAUCCUGCCGACGAAGGUCGACCCCCUCGUGAGCCUCAUGAAGGUCGAGAAGGUGCCCGACAGCACCUACGACAUGGUCGGCGGCCUCGAGAAGCAGAUCCGGGAGAUCAAGGAGGUCAUCGAGCUGCCCAUCAAGCACCCCGAGCUCUUCGACGCGCUGGGCGUCGCCCAGCCCAAGGGCGUGCUCCUCUACGGCCCGCCGGGCACGGGCAAGACGCUCCUCGCGCGCGCCGUCGCGCACCACACGGACUGCACGUUCGUCCGCGUCUCGGGCGCGGAGCUCGUGCAGAAGUACAUCGGCGAGGGGUCGCGCAUGGUCCGCGAGCUCUUCGUCAUGGCCCGCGAGGCGGCGCCGUCCAUCAUCUUCAUGGACGAGGUCGACUCCAUCGGGUCGAGCCGCGGCGAGGGCGGCGAGGGCGGCGACUCCGAGGUCGGCCGGACGAUGCUCGAGCUCCUCAACCAGCUCGACGGCUUCGAGCCGACGCAGUCCAUCAAGGUCAUCAUGGCGACGAACCGCAUCGACAUCCUCGACAGCGCGCUGCUCCGGCCGGGCCGCAUCGACCGCAAGAUCGAGUUCCCGAACCCGACGUCCGCGUCGCGCGUCGACAUCAUGACGAUCCACAGCCGCAAGAUGAAUCUGCUCCGGGGCAUCGACCUCCACAAGAUCGCCGACAAGAUGAUGAACGCGUCGGGCGCCGAGUGCAAGGGCGUCUGCUCCGAGGCCGGCAUGUUCGCGCUCCGCGAGCGCCGCAUCCACGUCACGCAGGAGGACUUCGAGAUGGCCGUCGCCAAGGUCAUGAAGAAGGACAUGGAGGGCGACGUCUCCCUCAAGAAGCUCUGGAAGUAGGGGCCCCCGCUCCCCGCGCCGUGCGUUCCUAUAAAACCCGCCGUCGUUU